AUGUUGACUUCUUCCUUGUUGACUGCCCUCGCGGCUCUGGCUUCAUCCGCCCACGCCUGGCUCCCUACCGACAACUCUCAUUCCGGCAUCAACAAGCGUGACGUCACCCUAUUCACUUAUCCUCUGCAACAAGGCCCGAACAAGAGAUGGCUUCCCAGCAGCAACAAGAUCCGAGGUGUGAACCUUGGUUCUCUCUUCGUCUACGAACCUUGGAUCGAUAGCCAAGAGUGGGCCAACACUGGAUGCGAGGGGGAGAAGUCCGAGUUCGACUGUGUCAUGAACAAGGGCCAGGAUAGUGCAGACAAGGCUUUCCAGGAGCACUGGAAGCGCUUCAUUACCCAGGAGGACCUUGACGAGAUGGCCAGCUACGGCUUGAACACAAUCCGAGUUCCUCUGGGAUACUGGCUGAAGGAAGAUCUUGUGGAUGCGUCUGAGCAUUUCCCCAAGGGAGGGUUGGACUACUUGACCCAGCUCUGCGGCUGGGCUAGUGACCGAGGCUUCUACAUCAUCCUUGAUCUUCACGGUGCCCCUGGUGCCCAGGAGCCCAACCAGCCCUUCACCGGCCAAUACGCUCCCUCGGUCGGAUUCUACAACGACUACAACUAUGGCCGUGCCGUCGAGUGGCUCGAGUGGAUCACCGACAUCAUCCAUACCAAGAACGAGUAUCGCAACGUCGGCAUGCUGGAGAUCGUGAAUGAGCCCCUGAACUGGGACAAGGCGGUUGACUCUCUGCGAAACACUUACUAUCCCAAUGCCUACAAGGCCAUCCGCAAGGUCGAAGACAACCUCAAGGUCGCCACCAACGACCGCCUCCACAUCCAGAUGAUGGGCUCCCUCUGGGGUAGCGGCAACCCCACCGAGUUCCUCGACGACACGUCCUUCACGGCGUUUGACGACCACCGCUACCUCAAGUGGGACACGAGCGUCGAAGUCUCUCAGAGCGCCUACAUCCAAAAGUCGUGUCAAGAUGACCGCAACACCGACGGCCCAACCAUUGUCGGCGAGUGGAGCAUUGCCGUGCCUGAUGAUGUUGAGCAGACGGAUGCCUGGAAGCCUCAGAGCCAGAAGGACUUUUACAGCAAGUGGUUUGCUGCUCAGGUUCAUGCUUAUGAGCAGCAUACCCUUGGUUGGGUGUUUUGGACUUGGAAGACCAACCUCGGUGAUGACUACCGUUGGUCUUACAGAGAUGCUGCAAGGGCCGGUGUUAUCCCCAAGGACCUCAACUCUCUCCCAAGUGUCUGCUAG